CGCGGGCCGCGGACACGGGUGGGGGUCUCUCCAUGGCCGGGCCCCGUGCGGCGCUCCCCCCGCGCCCCCCGCAGCGCUGCAGCCCCUCGGUCGCUGGCCUGGUCGUAGUCGGGAGGGGUCUGCCGGACAACCUGGGGGACCACCGUUCUGCUGGGAAGAACAGGACGCCCCUCCCACUCCAGUUCACCAACGACGUGCAGGACGCCAUCCGCAGCUACACCUGUGAGUCCGUUUCCUCCCUGUCGUCGAGUGGAUCCGCCUCCCCAACCGACCUGAACAACUCGUGGUCGGGCAUCCAGAGCGUCACGACCGGGCUGUCUACCGAGCGGAGCUCCAUCUACUCCUGGAGGGACGAUGAAUUGGACAGAGCCAGUGCCCAGCGUGUGCAGCAGCUGCUGUGGGAAGUGGACGAGGCGCUGUUCGACGGGAAGGUCAGCCCCCAGACCCGGAACCUACAGGCCGAGUGUGCCGAGUGGACGCAGCGGUCACUGCAUCUCAGGGUUUUGGGCCAACAGCUCCUGCUCCCCUCAGAUGAAGGUUUCCAACACUUCCAGGCCACGGCUACUGGCCCCCUUAGGCCCAAGCCCCUCCCCAGCCUGAGUGAAAGCAGCCUCAGCAGUCACAGUGACAAUCAGCUGUGCAUCUCGGGUUCCCCGCUGACCCUCGAAGCCUCCCCGCGGCACACGGCCCAGGACUUCUGUCUCCCAGGACCCCCGGACCUUUCGGCGCUCCCCUUUCUGGAGGAGGAGAUCAUCGCCCAGGAGGGGACCAUGGAAGAGUACUUUGCCUUCGACAGUAAAGAGCUUGAGGAAGAGAGCGUGGAGAGGAAGAGAGCCCAGCGGGCCCUGCAGAGGAGGCAGCGGGGUCUCCCCCCGGUGUCCCCGGUGGACUGCAUCAAAGAGGCCGUGGUGGCGGCAGUUUUCGACCAGGCCUGGAGCUGGCUGGUGGGGCUGCUGGAGGGGCCCAUCCGGAGGGACCGGGAAGCCGCGCUCGCUGAGGGGAGUAAAGUGACAGAGCAUUUGAAAGCUGCUGAAAGCCGGUUGCCACGGCUCCCGACCUCCCAACCCGCCAGCGUCCCGCCCUCCCGGGGCUCUGAGAUGCGAAGCGCUUCCUUCCCCGCGACCCUCCUCCCAGCCCAGAUUCAGCGAUUCUCCAACCACUGUUACCGCCAGCUGGCUGGUGUGAUGACCAUCCAGGCAAAGCCCCUGCAGCAGAGACAAACGGGCCCUGCUGAGAAGCCAGGGUUCGAUCCCGAAGAGCGGGCACUCACGAUCCGCACCAGCCUGCCUGGGUCUGCACGAGUGGUACAGACCCCGGACUCCAGAGUCCGGUCGGCAUCCCGGGGUCCCACGGGGUCCAGCAGGAAACCCCUCACACACCGCCGGCUGCCAUCUCUCGGCCCUGACCCUCAGAGGUCCAAGACGCCCACUGUGUACAGCGAUGAGGUGCUCCGGGGCACAAGGCUAAAUCUUGUGUGUUGGCCACGUCCCAGCCUCGACAGCGUUCCUGACCCACACAGACACGGCCUGGCCAACCAGCAUGAGCAGACACAUGGGUUCCUCGCCACUGGGGGACAAAGUGGAGGGCCCAGUGGAGAAAUAACUCAAGGAAAGCUUCUAGAGGGCAGCAAUGCACUCUAUUGGACACCAACUGGGUUUGCCGGCUUGGACCGCCUGUCUCCACCGCCUGCCUCGACGGCUCGGAACAAGCUACCUCCCAUUGGCCCAGAGACAAGAGAGCCGUCACCAGCAACGCCGGGAUCUCGCCAAGGCUGGCACCGAGCCAAGCGUCUCCUCAGCCGGGUGUCCAGCGCAGUGCCCAGAAGCCCCGAGCGGCAGCCCCUGGGCGAUAGGGCGGGGGUGGCCGAUCGGUUUUCCAGACCCAACACGACCCAUGCAUUCAGAGCCGAUGCACCGCAGAAGAGGUCGUUGACCCCCAUGGAGUUCACGGGCCACACGUGGACCAGGCAGAGUCUAGGAGAACCAAGUUUCCUGAGCGGUAAAGUCGGGCCCCAGAACCCAGCCAGACUCUUCCCCAGGAACCAGUCAGCUGCAAGAAAGAAGUUUCAAGUGUUAUUUUGAGAGGCCCUGCUUGGAACACUCCCGUGUCCCAUGGGCCUGCCACGGACUCUGUCUUCACAUGCUGAGAGGAGCCGAGGAGUAAAGGUCAAGUGUUGCAGUCCACAGCCCCUGUGUCCCUGCCCGAGUCAUGGACGUGCCGGGAACGACCCUCCUGUGUUUGCACCAAGGAACCCAAGGACCGAGGAAUGCGUGUCUUUCCCUAGGCCAUAGGGUGCCACCACCUCAAGCUCAGUCACUCACAAACACCUACACCAAGUCAUGUACUCACUCUCACAAACACACGUACCCACUUUUGUACUCACACCCACAAACACAUACAUAUACAUACUCACCUUAAUGAAUGUACACAUACACUCUGUUUUAUCCCUUCUCAUCUCCUCCGUUCAUUCUGCUGGCGAGUCCGGGUGUGGCCACUAAUUCAUAUUCGAAGUUUGCAUUGUUAUCUUCAGUUGGUCACCAUUUUAAAAGGCCAAAAAAAAAGACACUUUGGAA